AUGAGUAACGCACAAGACACCCUCCAAGCCUGGCCGAGUAACCUUGGCAUCUUCGAACCAUACUGUCGCCACGAAACUCCACUAAUUCUCAAACUCCGAGAAAAGAGACUAUCACUCACGGGUGAUAGUUUCGAGAUCACGACCGUAGACGGUCAAGGAUUUCUAAAGGCUAACCCAAGCCUUGUCUCCUUUGUUGGGAAGAAAGUUCUGGUUGAUCCCGCCAGUGGAAAUCCUGUCCUGACAAUUACACAAAAGCCUCUCUCGCUGCACAAAGAGUUUCGAAUUUUCGCGGGAGAUUCGGAUAGCGAGCAGCUCGUUACCGUUCGUGGGAAGUUCAAGCUCUUUGGAUCCCCGGAAAUGAUGGUACAUUUCCGAAAUAGGUCAGAUGGAAAAGAAAUGGAAUUGCACAUCAAGGGAGAGUUUUUCAGAAGGAACGCGACCAUAUCAUGUGAGGGGCGAACCAUAGCCACUAUCAAAAAUAAGAUUUUGAACAGCGGGGAGUUGUUCUUUGAUCAGCAGACUUAUUUCCUGACUGUCGCACCCCGAGUGGACUCUGCGAUGAUAGCGGCAAUAUGUAUCUGCUUAGAUGAGAGAAGAGAGAAAUAG